GUUUUAAAUUCGAAGCUAAAUUGCGGAAUUAUCACAGGAGUAAUCUGUGUACCUGAAAAAUAACGACGAUGGCGGUGUUACAAAUGCUACUUCUGCUCUGUGCUGGAAGUUCACUUGCAGAAGAUUUAUUUUCACCAAAUGUGAACAUUAUUGCUGAGCUCGAGAAACUGAAAACCAUGGAUGAAAGGAUAAAAAAAUUAGAAGAAACACUGUCCAAAGUAUCGAGUGAGAAUGAAGCUUUGAAAACUACAGUCCAUGAUUUACAAAAUAAGCUUGAGUCUUUCCAAAAAGAGAAUGAAGUCAAAAAGGUUGCCUUUUCUGUUGGACUUCUGGAAUCUGGAACAGGACACACUGGGCCAACUAACUCUCAAAAAACUCUAGUCUACAAAAAAGUCUUUAGCAAUAUUGGCGGUGCUUAUGACUCAAAUACUGGUAUUUUCACAGCACCAAUCAAAGGAGCCUAUUACUUCAGAUUUUAUGGUCAUUGUCAUGGUGGAACAACAAUGGCAGUCAGUCUCUUGAAGAACGGUGCAACCCAGUGCUCUCUGCAUGCUUGGAAGCCUACCUCCAAUGGAAAUGCCAGCAAUGGUGUGGUUCUCACACUGGAGAUUGGGGAUCAAAUUUCUACAAAUCUUUGGGCAAACACCUGGAUUUAUGAUGACCCAGCAAGUUACACCAGUUUUGGUGGUUUUCUGAUUUUCCCCUUGUGAAUGUUUGAAUCUUGUACCUCAUAUCCAGUGCAGGAUGCAAUGUGAAACAAUUAUUGUAAUGGAACUUAAUUGUUCCUGUAUAAGUAAACUGCAUUCUAGUAAAGAAGAGGCAUAAGUAUGAGGAGAUCAUUGGUCUUUAGUUAGCCUACAAAAAAAAAAAAAAAAAAAAUAAAAUAAAAUACUAGAAAAAUAAAAGGUGUUAAAAUGCUUUUUGGCAUUUAGGUUUUGAGAGUAGCACUUUCCAUAUUUCUAAUCUAUCAAUUGCUGAACAUUAAAAUGUAAAUUAAAAGCAAAUAUGUCAA